CUCAUUGAUAACUGUCACUCAGAUUUAGAGAUCCUGGAUCCAGAGACUUUGAACGACUACCACCCAUUGGCUGCAUAUCAAGUUGCUAGAACUUUGAUGGUGACCCCAAGGGCUUGGCUACUGCAGUAAAUUGAAAUGGCUUUGUUGCUUCUGGUCCACAUAAAUCCCAAACUCGUCCGUAAGAUUCGGCUGACCAAAGUUCCUGAAACUUUAGAGGAACUGUACAAUGAACUGCGUCAAAAACUUGAACUUGUGGGUGAAUUCUGUAUACAGUAUGAAGACUCAGACUUUGGCCAGGCAGUUUGCAACCUGAUUGACAUAGCAGAGUUGCCUUCAGAAAAGGCUGUCUUGCAUAUUCUGUGGAGCAAUGAGGACAUGCCAUCACCACCACCUCCAACACCAACUCGGUCAUCCUCCAUCUCUUCCCUUGACACAGCCAUCAUUGGAUCUCCAGACUCAAUCCACAGCUUAUCUUCAGUUGUGCGGACAUAUAGCAGGAACGUUUCACAGUGGCCCACUCCGUUCCCAGUACCACAAUUCUCAUAUGAUGUUGAACUGAUACUCCGCAAGGGGAAUGACACGUUUGAAAUAUCAGGGAAGGGUUUACAUGUAACCAGAGAUGUGAAAAAAGAGAUUCUGGACAAGCUGGCACAAGAAAUAUUUUCUGUGAAAGCCUACCCUGAAAAACAUGAGUUCCAUUCUGUUGCCGCUGUGCUUGUCAACAAACAUCUGCCUCAAAGAGCCUGGUGGUGGUACUGGAUAUGCGGGAUGGACAACCAGCAUAAAGUACAAGAUGGGGAACUACAGAUCAAAACUACGUCAAGCUGGAUGUAA